ACUCAAGCUCCUUCCAGCCCCUGGGGCAGAACUUUCUCGCCCCCCCGCCCCCUUCCCCCGCAGCCGGACUCCUUUCCCAGCCAGCUAGUCCUCCCGGAGGAGAAGGCGCCGCGGAGACAGCCCGGGCGGGGGCCUACCUUCCCCGAGGCUGGCAUCAUGUCGGCGGCGCAGGUGUCCUCGUCCCGAAGACAGUCUUGCUACCUGUGCGACCUGCCUCGCAUGCCCUGGGCCAUGAUCUGGGACUUCUCCGAACCCGUUUGCCGUGGUUGCGUCAAUUACGAAGGCGCCGACCGCAUAGAAUUCGUGAUCGAGACAGCGCGCCAGCUGAAACGGGCGCACGGUUGCUUCCAAGACGGCCGCUCCCCCGGGCCGCCGCCGCCAGUCGGGGUCAAGACAGUGGCCUUGUCUGCCAAGGAAGCCGCAGCAGCAGCUGCCGCCGCGCAGCAACAACAGCAGCAACAGCAACAGCAGCUCAACCACGUCGAUGGUUCCACCAAACCUGCAGUGUUAGCCACCCCGUCCGGCCUGGAACGUUAUGGUCUGAGCGCAGCAGCCGCCGCUGCUGCCGCCGCCGCCGCCGCGGUAGAACAACGCAGCCGUUUUGAGUAUCCGCCUCCCCCGGUGAGUCUGGGGAGCAGCAGCCACGCUGCCCGGCUACCCAACGGCCUGGGAGGUCCUAACGGCUUCCCCAAGCCCACGCCAGAGGAGGGUCCCCCGGAAUUGAACCGCCAGAGCCCCAACUCAUCCUCCGCUGCCACAUCAGUUGCUUCUCGGCGUGGAACACAUAGUGGGCUGGUGACCGGGCUGCCCAACCCAGGUGGUGGCGGGGGACCCCAGCUCGCCGUGCCCCCCAAUCUAUUGCCACAGACGCUGCUUAACGGCCCGGCCAGCGCCGCAGUGCUGCCUCCGCCUCCGCCUCACGGGUUGGGGGGAAGCCGAGGGCCCCCGACUCCAGCGCCUCCGGGUGCUCCCGGGGGGCCUGCCUGUCUCGGGGGUGCCCCGGGCGUGUCGGCCACUGUAUCCUCUGCUCCGUCAUCGACCUCGUCGACGGUGGCAGAGGUGGGCGUGGGUGCUGGUGGCAAGAGGCCUGGCUCCGUGUCCAGCACGGACCAGGAGCGUGAGCUGAAGGAGAAGCAGCGCAACGCUGAGGCCUUGGCGGAGCUGAGCGAGAGCCUGCGCAACCGCGCGGAGGAAUGGGCCAACAAGCCCAAGAUGGUCCGGGACACGCUGCUCACACUGGCUGGCUGCACGCCCUACGAGGUGCGUUUCAAGAAGGACCACUCGCUCCUGGGUCGCGUCUUUGCCUUCGACGCGGUCUCUAAACCCGGCAUGGACUACGAGCUGAAGCUGUUCAUUGAGUAUCCCACGGGCUCCGGCAACGUAUACUCGAGCGCGUCCGGGGUGGCCAAACAGAUGUACCAGGAUUGCAUGAAGGACUUUGGCCGGGGUCUGUCCUCUGGCUUCAAGUACCUGGAGUACGAGAAGAAGCAUGGCUCGGGCGACUGGCGCCUACUUGGGGACCUGCUGCCUGAGGCUGUUCGCUUCUUCAAGGAGGGCGUGCCCGGCGCGGACAUGCUGCCCCAGCCCUACCUAGAUGCCAGCUGUCCCAUGCUACCCACGGCGCUGGUGAGUCUCAGCCGCGCCCCCAGCGCACCUCCAGGAACUGGUGCCUUGCCGCCCGCGGCGCCCACGGGCCGGAGUGCAGCGGCCAGCCUGCGCAAAAGGAAGGCAUCCCCUGAGCCGCCGGACUCAGCUGAAGGUACACUGAAGCUCGGCGAGGAGCAACAGAGGCAGCAGUGGAUGGCAAACCAGAGCGAGGCGCUGAAGCUCACUAUGUCCGCAGGGGGCUUUGCGGCUCCGGGACACGCAGCAGGGGGACCACCUCCGCCCCCUCCACCUCUCGGACCUCAUUCCAAUCGGACCACCCCGCCGGAGUCAGCCCCCCAGAAUGGUCCGUCCCCCAUGGCCGCGCUCAUGUCAGUGGCAGACACUCUGGGCACAGCGCAUUCGCCCAAAGACGGCAGUUCAGUGCACUCUACCACUGCAUCUGCUAGGCGAAACAGCAGCAGCCCGGUGUCCCCUGCCUCCGUGCCGGGGCAGCGUCGCCUGGCAUCACGCAAUGGGGACCUGAAUUUACAGGUGGCGCCCCCGCCGCCUAGCGCCCACCCGGGCAUGGACCAAGUGCACCCCCAAAACAUUCCGGAUUCCCCUAUGGCCAACAGCGGACCCCUCUGCUGUACCAUUUGCCACGAACGUUUGGAGGACACGCAUUUCGUUCAGUGUCCGUCCGUCCCUAGCCACAAAUUUUGUUUCCCUUGUUCUAGAGAGAGUAUCAAAGCCCAGGGGGCCACAGGUGAGGUGUAUUGUCCUAGCGGAGAGAAGUGUCCCCUAGUCGGGUCUAAUGUACCUUGGGCCUUCAUGCAGGGCGAAAUCGCAACUAUCUUAGCUGGGGAUGUUAAAGUGAAAAAAGAGAGAGACCCUUGAACCACAAGGGCAGCGACCUCCCUUGCCCUAGACCACCUCUUCAAUCUAGAGGGCCCUUCCCCCACCUUGCCUCCACCUUCCCUUCCCACCAAGAUGUAGAAUUGUGAAUAUAACUGCAAAAAGUUAGUCUUAUGUAUAGACAUUAUUUUCGUCGUAUGUUUCUAUAUUUUGAAACAGGUAUGUAACUUCUUCAUUUGAAGGAUAAGCUGGUUUGUGUUAAGCAGUAUAAUAUCGAUUGGGUCAUUCGCAUCAUAUUCGUUAGCCCUUAUUUGGUGGCAGAAUGUUUGCCUGGGUACAGAAUUAAUAGCCCUUAGCAACGACUGCUGCUGGUGUGUGUUUUUGUAAAUGUUUUGCACUCUGAAAGGAAAAACACACAAAAGAAAAAAGAUUUUUGUUUUUGUUUUGCCAAGGCCAGUGUUGCUGCCUAAAAAAAAAAUUUUAAAAAAAAUUAAAAAAAAAUUGAAGCUAUAACAUGGUGAAAGCUUCUAUCUAAACAGCCCCAAGUGUUUUGAAGUCUUCACUUAAUUUUGUUCUGUUCUGUUUUGUUUUCCUGUUUUGUUUGCA